ACAAGAACGAUGUGUGUGGUCCGCUUCUCAGUCAAAAAGAAAUCUGAGUCACGGAUGUGGGUAUUGACUAUUUGGAGCUUGAGAUGCGUUAACAACAUGCUGAAUUGAUUAAGGAUCAUGGGUUUGCCUACAGUGAGUAUUCUUAUUCUCCUGAGUGCUGAGGUUGUACUCACUGAAGAUAAGAUAUACACUAGUACGGCAUCUCCUGCCCAUUCCAUUUCGCCACGUGCCACCACAACAGAUGGUCCUAGACAGGCAUGGGAUGGAGCGGCACCAUCCCCAUCUGCUGCCAGAAAUGCCCCACAAAAUGUUAGUAAUUCGGAUGAUGCUGUGAAUCACAUAUUUCCAGUUGAGGCAUUUGCAUUUUCUCCAGAUGGAAGUUUUACUGCCAGUUUUAAUGAAAGCCAAAAUGUUGACCAGUGUCACCGGACUGCUCAGUGCGAAGUCUUGGAGGAAACCACAUGUCUGGGAGUACAGCUGCCAUACACACACACGUCCCUGGCACUCACUGGCUUAUCAAACCAACGUCUUGCCAGGGAGCAGUUGGAGUUGUGGUCAUCACUACGUAAUAUUCCUCGAUGCUGGGCUGUAGUACAACCAUUACUCUGUGCCAUCUUUUUCCCACGCUGUGAUAAUAAUUCACUGGAGUUGCCUUCACAGGAGAUGUGUGUCAUCACUCGAGGUCCCUGUCGACUAGUGGAAUAUGAGCGAGGGUGGCCGGAGUUUCUCGUGUGUCGUAGGGACUAUUCACAUAAAUGUAAAAACAGUGUGAGAGAACUGAAAUUUAACACAACAGGACAAUGUGCUCCACCACUAGUGGCCACAGAGGAGGAAUCCUCUUGGUAUGAGGGAGUGAAGGGCUGUGGUGUCCAGUGUGCCAAUCCAAUAUUCACAGCUGAGGAACAUGAAGAUCUUCACCACUUUGUGGCUACGCUUGGAGGAGUCUGCCUGGCAUUAACAGCUCUCACAGUACUGACGUACUUGAUAGACUGGCGUGCUGCAAAUAAGUAUCCAGUGCUGAUUAUUUUCUACAUCAAUGGCUGUUUCUUAAUUGCAAGCAUUGGUUUCAUCGUUCAAUUUCACCCAGGAGUUCGUAAUGACCUCACCUGUCGAUCAGAUGGAACUCUGCGUCAAGGUGAACCCAGCUCUGGUGGGAACCUGUCAUGUGUAGUGGUGUUUGUGUGCAUCUAUUAUUUCAUGGUGGCUGGUGGCUUAUGGCUUAUCAUCCUAGCAUACUCCCUCCACACCAGCUUCAAGUCUUAUGCAGCAGGGCUGUGUGGUGACGAAUUAGAACGACGAGCAGCGUACUUUCACCUCGUGUCUUGGUCUUUGCCUCUUGUCCUGACCAUUACCAUCAUGGCUCUGGCUGAAGUUGAGGCAGAUUCUGUUGCAGGAGUCUGCUUUUUAUCCUCAGCCAUUCACAUACGAAUAGGAUUUCUUCUGUUGCCCAUAAUUAUCAUUGUUCUUAUUGGUGGAUUCUUCCUUGUACGGGGAAUGAUAAAAUUAAUAUACCUCAAGAUGGAUUGUUUCAAUAUAAUCAGUGACAGUGCUAACAGCAAGAUAGUGGAAACCAUCAUUAGACUUGCCAUCAUCACCAUCACAUUAGUAACCUUCACAGGUAUCACCAUCUACUGUCACAUCUACCAGUACAGGAACCAGCACCUUUGGGACAAGGCGCUACGUGACUAUAUUAUGUGUGUGUCAAACAUGACAGCAGCUGCCCAGUUCAGCAGCAGGUCAUCAGUUUGCACCAUAGCAGAGCGUCCAAGUAUCAAUAUCUAUAAACUUCACUUGCUGGCUCUUUUUGGUGCUGGCAUCAUUAUGUCUUCAUGGUGCUGGACUCCCAACACCCUACAAGCCUGGAAGCGUUUUCUCAGGAGAGUUGCAGGAGUUCCAACAGAGGAACCUCUACGCCUAGCUCGGCACAGAGUAAUAGCUCAGGCCUUUGCCAAACGCCACGACCUCAACACUGCUGGUCGACUCUCAAUCAGUCUACACUCCAUACAUGAUGAUCCUCUUGGGUUAAACUUUGACAUGAAUAGUGCAACCUCUGGGGAUCUGUCCUCUGCGUGGGCCACUGCCAUCCCUCACCUCAUGACAAGACGUGGGGCUCUUGUAGGCUCGGCUGCCCUGGGGUUAAGAAGAAAUUCUGUUGAUUCAGAAUAUAGUGUAAGCAGAAGAUUUUCCAUAGAAUCUGGGUACAACAACCGCAGUUCACGACGUCAUUCUCUAGACUCACAGAUGUCGUUUCAUGUGUCUGAUGCCGAAAGGUUGGCAGCAUUACACACGGCUGCCAGGUUUGGCCGUCGAAAGAGGCGCGAUUGGUUUAGUCUUAAGCGAGGCCGGCGAGUUAAUGCUUGGGACAGACGGGGAUCCAAUACCUCUGAUGAUAGUAAUCUUGGCUCAAUGAUCCUGCCUGCUAUUACAAUGAACCAAGAUACAUUAUUCACGAACAUGAUGAAACGUCUUAACUUGAGUUCUGACGAGCCAACCCGUUCUGAGAGAGCUGCACCAUCAGCCCCACCAGCCAAGUCCAUGAACCUCAAUGUUACUCUUCCUGGUCAGACUACACUGGAGAGUGAGGAUGACGUGGGAACAGAAAAUCAUGGGUAUGCUGAUAAUGACUCAAUUGCUCACACUGUCUUGAAUAAUGUUCUAAAGAGUGCAGAUCUGAAGAGGCAGGAGGAUAACUAUGUUAGGGCAGUAACAGCACUUGAAGAUGGUUUGUUAUCAUCCGGUCAAAUACGUGCCUGUAGCAGACGAGGGAAUGUUGAUGUUGGUUCACACAUAACCAGCAUGAGUGUAGGUGUUCAAGCAUCCUUGGCAAAUGACAGUAUAAAAGCUGUCAUGGUGGAUAAAUCUGUCCAAGUAUCAACACCACUACUAAUGAGGGCCAGUCAGGUGUCUCGAGUGCAUUCUCCACUCGCCAGUGACAGCAGUCCCACUCAUACCUAUAGAGCCCAAGAAAACAAAAAGAAAAUAAAUGAAACAAGCUUCUCCAAUCGAAGGAAGCUUUUGAAUAAUGACCGACCAGGUACACCAGUUACUAGGUUGCCAAAGAAGAUUAAUGUCAGUGGAGAUAAAACACUUACAAACAAUAAAAAUGUCAGCUCCAGUCAUGGGUCACAUAAACGUAAUGGUGGCAGCAAGACAGUAAAUAGUGGAGGACGGAGAAGAAAAAGUAAAGGAGAGUGUGCUGAAGUUAUGACUGUUUUAGAUAUUGGAGAUGAGAGUGAUUGAGCAAUACAAAUAGAAUGUAAGAAAAGUUGAGUGAAUGUAUGUUUGUACACUGACCAAAUAGAAUUGAUAUAUUUUUAAAAAGGUAUUAAAACAAUUUAAAAAAUACUUCUCUUUCUUACCGAUUAAUAAGAGAAUGAGAAUGGUAGUAAUUAUGGAAUUGUAUUUUUCUAUUUUUUUAAAUUUGGAUUUCUCAGGUAGCAUUUAACCAUUAUGAAUGUUUUAUUUGUUUCAGGUCUAUAGUCUUCCAGGAUCAGAAUUACCUCUGUUUGAUGAUUGAUGUGAGGAUAGUUUUACAGUUAACGAUUAUUUACAUGUAAUUCUUGUAUUUUAUAGUGUGUGUGUGUGUUAACUCUUUUAUUAAACAUGUCAUUGGAAAAGAAAUAAUACUUUGAUAUACAUAUAAGUAGUAUUGUUAUUGGCAGAAUUUUAUGUUUUUUAUGUAUGGAUGUGUAUUAUGUGCCAAUUUUUUUAUAAAAACGAGUCGGCCUUUUACCCAGUGCAGGAGGAUGCCUUAUCUUAUGACAAUGCCCAUGUGUAAACUUGUGUUCCUACACAGUAAAAGUCUGCCCAAUAUGAGAGGAUGCAUGUUUCAUACGACAUUAUUUAUGUCAAAAUGAAUCCCCUCCUAGUGCAUACAUUUUAUAUUGGCCAUGAGGCCACGUACACACACUUCAUACAGUCAAAGACUAUCACAUAAUUAGGCAUGGAAAGGUCACAAAUAACUCAGGAAAAUUGGAGGAAAACUUUCUGUUUUAAGGAUGAAUUAAUAUCGGCUUUCAUCAGCUAGAUAAAGUAUUCUUAGAGUUAUGUCAAUCCUACUUGAUUUGUGGAGACUUAAGGGGUCACCAAAAUAUGUUUGCUUUAGUGGGACCAAAACACUGCUGAGAAAAGUAAAAUAAUUGCAUGUUGCUUCAGUGAGAUCUGGUGUGUGUGAAUACUGUACUUGUAUAUAACAACUUGCUAGUGAGAGGUAUUAGAGAAGGUACAAGAGGACUCUAGUGAUAGGUGUGUUAUAUGUACUGUACAUAGAAAAUAGUAUUAAACAUCACAAGCCUUACAUUUAGAACUUCUUCAAGAGCCAAAAGUGGCUGGUGAAAGUUUAGGAGUGGCUGCCCUUAUUGAUGGCAAGAGAACCUUCCCACAUGAAAGAAAGGAUGUGCAGUAUGCAUGAGAUGUGUGAUGUUGUAUGGCAGUGAAACAUGGACAGUUAACCCUUAAGCCUCGGGUUAGGGUGCCGCUGGCAGUACUCCCCACGUUGGGGUAAAUCGAGAAAAAUAUAAACUUUUCCAAAAAUAAUUUUUAACCUUUUUAAAUGAUAAAAGCAAAAACUAAAAUAACUAAGAAAAACUCUAUAUUGACCCUCUAGAAACUUCCCUGGCAGUGCUGAGGGAUAUAAGAGGACAAUGUUGUUUUGACAGCUGAGCUCGUGGUCACCUACGCACUUACCAGCUAUUUUUAGCUUGCCUUUGUGUCCGAGAUGGCCAAUAAUGCAUAUAUUUACUGAUCAUAAUACUUAUUUGCUAUAAAUAAUUAAUUUAGAAUAUUUUAUUUGCAUUAUUUUUCAUAAAAAGUGCUUGG